AACAGGACAAAUAUGCUGCUGGAAAUCAAGGCUCUGCUGCUCGACCUUUUGAGGUGCUGGUAACUUUUGACCACAUUGAUAUAAUUACUGAAAUUGUAAGGCUUCAAUUUUUGUUUUUGAGUACAUUCUUCAGCAGCAUUUCUGGGUGCAUUGAGAGUGAAGAUAUUGAUUUGUCUGUGUGUCUGCUUGAAGCUUUCUCCAAUGCAUUUUCUCUUCUAACCAUUGAACUAGGAAAGAACUAAGAUUAUUUCUGUUGUAGCUAGUGAUAGUAUAGUAACUUACUGUGGUAUUAUUGUAGAUGAUAAUUAUUCAGCGGGCGGGGUGCAACAGUAUCUACGCAUGCGCGAAAAUUGCGGUGGGAUGAUGUGGAGGAUAGUAGCCGUCGGGGGAGUCUCUGCUAGUAUUGCGGCAUUGUGGAAGUGUCAAAAGCAGGAUGCGACUUAUUGCAGUUCAAUGCAAACGGGAGUGGAGGCAAUCGAGAAUUCGCCGUACAGGGCAAGUGAUGCCACUAAUUUGUCUACCAUGCCGUCGCCAUAUUUGGAAGCUAUUGCACAGAGCAGAAAGUUAAUAUGUAGAUCUAUGAUUGAGCAAGGGAUACCUGGUGCAGUUGUCUGCGUAACUGUUGAUGGAAACAAAGUGUGGAGUGAAGGGAUUGGAUAUGCAGACAUUGAGAAUGAUGUGACCUGUUCAUCCCAAACUGUUAUGAGAAUUGCCAGCAUCAGUAAAUGUCUCACUGCAGUAGCAGUAAUGCAACUGUGGGAAGAUGGCCUACUAGAUUUGGAUGCACCUGUUCAGUCAUAUGUUCCUCUGUUUCCCUACAAGACAUUUGAUGGGAAGGAAGUUAAAAUCACGUGCAGAAAACUCUUGUGUCACACAGCAGGUGUUCGACACUACAAAAAAGCCUCAGAUAUUGAAAGCAACAAGGAAGAGUUUCACAAUGAUGAAUAUUUCAUUAAAGAGCACUAUGCAUCGGUUUCAGAGUCACUGAAGUUAUUUUCAAAUGAUGACCUGCUUUAUGCUCCAGGCACCAAAUUUUACUACACCACUCACGGUUGGACUCUUUUGAGUGCUGUUAUUGAGGGGGUGUCAGGAAUGCCAUUCUUAGAUUAUCUUCAGAAGUUCAUCUUAUCUCCACUGCAUAUGGAUGGUACAGGUCCUGAAAAAAACAAUCCUCUUCUGUACAACAGAGCAAGCGGGCUGGAAUAUCGUCAGCUGGAUAGAGACCAUUCAGGUUGUUGAGCACCCUGGAGAAAGCCCAUUCCGUACACAGCGAAUCACUAAAUAUGGUACUACAAUCGGAAUUCAUCUGGAAUGCUAGAAAACACUCCAUAUGUAGAUUUGUCUUACAAAUGGGCUGGUGGUGGGUUAUACUCUAGAGCGUCAGACCUAUGUAAACUUGGUGGUGCCCUCUUACUGAGUUACCAAAGCAGAGCUGAUACAAUUGUCCCAUCCAUUAGAACACAUUUGGCGAAGAAGGAGACACAUGUUAGCGUGGGAGCUGUUAUUCAAGGAGAAAAACCAUUCUUUUUGAAGCCAGAAACAGUAAAGUUUAUGUGGAGCCAAAUUGUCCAUGAUGCUGAUUUUUCCACUGAUCCACAACUUGGCUAUGGACUGGGGUGGGUUGUACAAAGAGAAGGUGCUCUUGUGAAAGGUGGUACAGUCAGACCAUUUUGUGUUGGCCACACUGGAGCAGCAGUAGGUGCUUCAAGUGUGCUAGUGAUUUUGCCAAGUCAACAUUUGCAGCACAAUAACAGCCAGUUGGCUAUGGAUGAACAUUUUGUGUGCUCUGAAGGUGCUGUGAGUGUGUCAGAUGGACUAUGUAAUAGACAAAGUUCGUCUCCACACGGUGUAGUUGUUGCUGUCUUGUUUAAUCUUCAAGGCGUCCGUGGAACAUAUUCUCUAGGAUCUCAGAUAGCUAUGCUCUUUGAUAAGCGAUGAAUGUCAAUGGUUCUGUCCAACAAAAGUGAACAUUCAGUGUAUAUUAUUGUAUGUAUUUGAAAUUUGAAAUAUAAUGCCAAAGGAUGGUUAUAGCUAUGUAAAGACUUUCAUAUACAUGAUCUAUGCAUAAUUAUAGUGCCUCGUUUCUCCUUUGCAAUAUUUUGGAUUUGCAAAAGAUCUGUGUUAAAAGGCGUGUUCAAUCAUGUAUGUUUUAACUGCUGAAGAAGAAACUGUGGUAUACACAUGGCAAUGACUUGCAGCAGAUUUUUUUCAACAGCCUCUGUCCCCUUUUGUGCUGCAUUGUAUAUACCCUUGACAGAAUGUUUGCAAUGAAAGCACAUGUCACUUAUUUUUUAAAUCUUUUCCUCUGUGAUUCCACAGGAAAGGCUCUCCUUGUUAUAGUUUUGGCCAUGCUAUUUGUAUGCAUCAGAAACUUUGAGUUAACUUGGCUACCAACCUGUUACUUUUUAGCUGUUCUUGUUGGUAAUGUGCAUAAUUGUACUGGUGUUCUAUCUCGACACAGACAUCACAGCAAUCACCACUCACAGCAGGAUCAGUGAUUUCCUCACUUCUCUAAUAAUAUGGCCUCUAUACACCACCACAUUGUGCAAGCCAAACAACAGAAAAUUGUGCAGGAUCUCAGAUUAUUUAGCACCCAUUCAUUAGCAGCUGAAAUGUGAGAGUGUUUCUACAGUUGUACCAACGAAAUCAUGCUCUACACUUUGUCUAAUGUCUCAUUUGUCGAUGCUAGGACCAAAGGCUAUAGUGGCUACAAUAACUUGUGCUUUGCCUGUUCCAGUUCAUGUAAGAUUCAUUUUGAGAUGGAGAGUCCAUUUCUCCAUGAUAGCCAAUGGCCAAACUCACCUAAGCAACUGACAAUUUACCUUGUAUUGCAUUAUUAAUUUCUGCGACUCGCCUUGCAAACAAAAUAAUCUCUAACAGUUGAUAUCUCUACUCCCCUCAACUUCAAUCAUGGCUCUUACGGCAACAGCGUCAUCUAGUUUUGAAGAGGAUAUAAAACCUUUUUUGCGUGAUCUAUAAGUAGAAAAAAAAGCUCAGUAAAUCGACGAAUAUUAAUAGCGCCUCAAACUCUCUCUGCUCAGUGAAAAGUUGAGCUUAAAGGGAAAGAUUAAGAAGUAAACCACAUUGUCACUGUAAAAUUAUCUGCCGACUCUGGAC